AGUGAAUUCAUUCUGGGCCUAUUAUUUCAAAGACAUUUCAGAGGGAGCAGGCAUUCCCUCACAUUCAAACAGCUUUUCCCGUUUCCUGUUGCUGUGUUUUCUGAGAAUACCAUGCCAUGUCCUUGAUUCAGAGGCUGGAGUGGAGGUGGGAGGGAGUGAGCGUGACAUGUCGCAACACUGUGAAUGAGCAGGAACUGACAAGGGGAUACAUGAAAUAUCCACUGUGGACUCACGUACAUGGAGGAAUGCCAGCUCCUGAGCAGAGCCCAGUAACGGAGGAGGGGCUUCUGCUGAACAUCCGCGACACUUUGCCUGGCCGCAGAAUGGAGGUUGACAGCACCCCCAACAACAUCCUGGCCUCUGUCAAAGAACAGGAGCUCCAGUUUGAGCGACUAACCAGGGAGCUGGAAGUGGAGAGGCAGAUUGUGGCCAAUCAGCUGGAAAGAUGCAGACUUGGAGCAGAGUCGCCAGGCGCUGGUAGCAGCAGCUCGUCUGAGAAGUCCCUGCCUUGGAGAACUCCAGAUGCAACUGCCUCAGGAGACACAAAGUCUCGGGUGACUGACAGCUCCCAGUCGCCCAGCUACCGCAUCAGGACUGAGUCAGAGCAGGUGUCUCCGUAUUCCCCGGAGCAGUCCUCCCAUGAAAGUGAGGGGUCCACGGGGAAUUCGCGCAGCUCCACUCAGAUGAACUCGUACUCAGACAGUGGCUACCAGGAUGCCAGCAGCAGCUAUUUCAGCGGCCACAACCUGGGAAAGGCUGAGCUGAGGAUGCAGCACUCCUUCCCUGGUGCUGGCACAAAUACACUGAUGAGGAAUGCCAGGGCUGAGGGCCAGGCUUCAGCCCAGGUUCCAGCGGUAACGACAGCAGUGCCUGGCCGUGCUAUGCGGAGGGUAAGCUCAGUGCCUUCUCGCUCUCACUCGCCAGCCUAUGCCAGCAGCAUGUCCCCAUCGCGCGGCUCUCUGCGUACCUCACCUGGCAGUGCCUAUGGCUCUCCCAUUGUAAGUGAACCCAAACCCCUCUCCAGCAUCUUCUCUACAACCUUGCCCUCUGCCCAGCGUGCCAGCGCCACUGGUGGAGGCGGUGGCAGCACAGGCUCGCCCUUCUCCACGCAGAAAAACUCCCCCGCUGCACUGAGGCGCAUGGGCUCCAUGAACUCACGGUCAGGCAGCGCCAGCCGCACCACCUCACCCUAUCAGGCUUCUGCGGGAUCCUCAUCGGGUCGCAUGGGCUCUCCUCUCACCAUGAUGGACAACAUAAACCCCCCAUUGACAAAGCAGCCUACGCACUCGUCAUCUCCAGUCAGAUCUAGUAUGACUGCUGUGCCCCAGCACUACAGCUCCACUCUGCCUCGCUCUAUGAUCCACAACGCUGACCCUUACGGACCCCAGAGUUACGACAUUUACGAGAGGAUGACGCGACCUGACAGCCUCGCAGAUGCUCUGGUUGAUGAUGACAUUCAAGGAAUACGGAACUCAUAUGCCAGUCAACACAGCCAGCUUGGCCAGGACUUGAGAUCGGCCAUGUCUCCAGACCGUCACAUUGCACCGAUCUACGAGGACCGGACUUUCCACGGCCCGUUGUACCGCAGCCCCAGCCACACCCAGCAGGGCACACUCUACAGGAGCAGCUCAGGGGUGGGGAGUCUCAAACGGACAUCCAGCCAGCGCAGUGCCAUGACCUACCAAAGAAACAACUAUGUGCUUAACACAGCAGCCACCUUUGCUGAUCCAUAUCGCUCGGCACAAUACCGGCCCUCCGAUCCGAACUACACACGGCAGGCUGUUGUCAUGGACGACGGCGCCACCCGCUCACCCUCCAUAGACAGCAUUCAGAAGGAUCCCAGAGAGUUUGCCUGGCGUGACCCGGAGCUGACAGAGGUGAUUCACAUGCUGCAGCACCACUUCCCCUCCGUGCAGGCCAAUGCAGCCGCAUAUCUGCAGCACCUGUGCUUUGGCGAUAAUCAAAUCAAAGCAGAGGUCUGUCGACUGGGAGGGAUUAAACAUCUGGUGGACCUAUUGGACAACAAGGUCCUGGACGUCCAGAAGAACUCGAGUGGAGCCCUGAGGAACCUCGUUUAUGGCAAAGCAAUGGAUGACAAUAAAAUCUCUGUGAGGAACGCGGGGGGAAUCCCAGCUCUGCUCCGACUCUUGAGAAAGACGGUAGAUGCAGAAGUGCGGGAGCUCGUCACAGGAGUGCUGUGGAACCUGUCGUCGUGCGACGCAGUUAAGAUGACAAUCAUCCGGGACGCCUUAACGACCCUCACCAACACUGUGAUCAUCCCUCACUCCGGAUGGAGCAGCUCCACCUUUGACGAUGACCACAAGCUGAAAUUUCACUCCUCCCUGGUGCUGAGGAACACCACAGGCUGUCUAAGGAACCUGAGUUCAGCUGGAGAGGAGGCCAGAAAACAAAUGCGCGUCUGUGAGGGCCUGGUGGACUCUCUGCUCUACGUCAUCAAAGCCUGUGUAAACACCUCUGACUUUGACAGCAAGAUUGUGGAGAACUGUAUUUGCACUCUGAGAAACUUGUCGUAUCGCCUGGAGCUGGAGAUGUCGGCGUCGCGACUGAUUGGAGGACAGGAGCUGGACGGGUUACUGGGCAGCGAGUCGCCCAGUAAAGAGGUGGAUUCCAGCUGCUGGAGCAGGAAGAAGAAGAAGAAGAAAAAGAGCUCACAAGAAGACUCGUGGGACGGUGUGGGGCCCAUCCCUGGCUUCUCCAAAUCUCCCAAAGGGGCAGAGAUGCUGUGGCACCCUGCGGUCGUCAAGCCUUACUUGACACUGCUCGCCGAAAGCUCGAACCCGGCGACUCUGGAGGGAGCAGCUGGCUCUCUUCAGAACUUGUCAGCUGGCAACUGGAAGUUUGCAGCAUACAUCCGCGCAGCUGUGCGUAAGGAGAAAGGACUGCCCAUCCUCGUGGAACUACUGCGCAUGGACAACGACAGGGUGGUGUGUUCGGUGGCCACUGCUUUAAGAAACAUGGCACUGGAUGUCAGGAACAAGGAACUGAUAGGGAAAUACGCGAUGAGGGACCUGGUCAACCGCCUCCCCGGAGGGAACACCUCUCUGCUGUCGGACGAGACGGUGGCGGCCAUCUGUUGCACCUUGCACGAGGUGACCAGCAAAAACAUGGAGAACGCCAAGGCCCUGGCCGACACGGGCGGCAUCGAGAAGCUGGUCAACAUCACCAAGGGCAGAGGGGACAGGUACUCGAUGAAGGUGGUCAAAGCUGCUGCGCAGGUGCUGAACACACUCUGGCAGUACCGGGAUCUGCGUACCAUUUAUAAAAAAGACGGAUGGAACCAAAACCAUUUCCUCACUCCAGUGUCAACACUGGAAAGAGACAGGUUCAAGUCCCAGCCCACCCUUCCCACCAGCGCAACUCAGAUGUCCCCAGUCAACCACCCUGCUGCCAGUGCCACGUCGUCGCCUGCAAUGCUGGCCAUCAAAGAGCAUAGAGACAUUAUCAAAGAUUACCAGAGAGCACAGUCAACUAUGCAAUUUUAUAAUUUCCAAGGGGACAACAGUAUUCAUAAAAACCAGUAUACAGGGUCUGGAAAACAUUCAUAUUACUACCCAUCACCCACAAGAGAGGAGCCAAGAAGAACACAGCCUAUGUAUUAUACCGACGAGAUGGGCAGGAGAAACUACGAUACAUACAGAAUGUACCUGCAGCAUCCACACGGCUAUGACGACCCGUACUUAGACGAGGUCAUCACCUAUCCUCCCGCCGUCGACUACAGCUCUCAGCCUCAUGGACUGAAAUCUGCCACCAAUUAUGUGGACUUUUACGCGAGCACACGGAGGCCUUCUUACAGAGCGGAGCAGUAUCCCGGCUCCCCUGACUCCUGGGUAUAGGUCUGCAGAUGGAGCACCACGUUUACCCCUGAUUCUAAUAUUCGGGGCAUCAUCACCCUGCUGCGAAGGCAAAGAGCCAGUACCACACAAGAAACAGUGAACUUUUUCAUGAACUUUGGCAUUCUAAGUGUGUUUGUUUUAAAGUGAAUGUGUGUAUGGGGUGGGGGAGUUCAACCGAGUGAUGGCAGAUGGAAAUAAGGAAGGUGUGCCAAAGAAGGAAAUCAUGGAAUGUUUUUAAUGAUUUUUUUAUUUAGUAGAGGAAGAUGGAAUCAUGCAAGAGUCUGUUUAGGUCCAAACCUGGACACUGCUGUGAGGAGACGUGCGUCCUGCUCUGUCUAGGUGUUAGUUUUAUUUCCUUUAUGAAACUCUUAGCUGUGAUAGCAUGGUGAAAGACGUGAGUCAUGUGAGCAAAGGUCUGCGGUAAGAGUCAAGUUGGGUAAUGUGUAUGUGCUGAAGCCAAAAUGGAUCAUGAACUCAUAAAUGUAAAAAAAACAAAAACAAAAUACAAACAUAACGUAAUGAUGUUAGAUUGUACAGAGGGAUUAAAUUGUAUCUGUACCUAAUGUUGAAAGUGUGUAAUGCCAUGGAGUCUUGUACAUUUCUUUCAUUGUAUUGUAAAUACAGAAAAAAAAGUUUCCUGGUUAAACUCAUCAGCACUGGUUAAAAAAA